UUUCCUCCAUUCAAGCUUUCAUCAUUUCAUAAUAAAAUUAGCCACAUUCUGUUUUGCCCAAAACAGAGAGAAAAUUGGCGAAUUCUAGAGAUAACUCCGCCAUGGCAGCUGCUCUGAGAUUAUCGUGUUUGUGUUUUCUUCAAUUGCUAAUUGUGAUCGUACUAUUCAUCAAUUCUUCUGCCGAUAACAGUAUUGAAGAAGCAGAGCAAUUUCAGAGCUUAAGUAACUCGACUAUGGCGAACAGGUUAAGUGGAAACGAUGAACUCAGGCAUGAACAUGCUGUAGAUGAUCCAGAAGCCAUUGCUUCCAUGGUGGAUAUGAGCAUUAGGAAUAGCACAGAGAGGAGGAAACUGGGUUACUUCUCAUGUACGACGGGGAAUCCUAUUGAUGAUUGUUGGCGAUGCGAUCGCCAUUGGCAACGUAAUCGCAGACGGUUAGCUGACUGUUCAAUUGGCUUUGGACGCAAUGCCAUUGGUGGCCGAGAUGGCAGGUUUUACGUUGUAACUGACUCGGGUGAUGAUGAUCCAGUAAAUCCCCGACCUGGAACACUUCGUCACGCUGUUAUUCAAGAUGAACCAUUGUGGAUAGUGUUUAAAAGUGACAUGCACAUCACACUUAAGCAAGAACUGAUCAUGAAUAGUUUCAAGACAAUCGAUGCUCGUGGUGUGAAUGUGCAUAUCGCGAAUGGGGCUUGUAUUACUAUCCAAUUUGUUACUAAUAUUAUCAUUCAUGGUCUCCAUAUUCAUGAUUGUAAACCAACUGGUAAUGCCAUGGUUAGAAGCUCACCAUCACAUUAUGGUUGGAGGACUAUGGCUGAUGGUGAUGCCAUUUCCAUUUUUGGUUCCAGCCAUAUUUGGGUUGAUCACAACUCUCUUUCUAAUUGUGCUGAUGGUCUCAUUGAUGCUAUUAUGGGUUCAACUGCAAUUACCAUUUCAAACAAUUACUUCACCCAUCACAAUGAGGUGAUUUUAUUGGGGCACAGUGACUCCUAUGUAAGAGAUAAGGUUAUGCAGGUGACUAUUGCCUUCAACCAUUUUGGUGAGGGCCUAAUCCAGAGAAUGCCAAGAUGUAGGCAUGGUUAUUUCCAUGUGGUGAACAAUGACUACACGCACUGGGAGAUGUAUGCCAUUGGUGGCAGUGCUGCUCCUACAAUUAACAGCCAGGGUAACAGAUACCUUGCCCCAGUGAACCCUUUUGCUAAAGAGGUGACAAAAAGAGUGGAACCAUGGGAAGGAUCAUGGAAACAGUGGAACUGGAGAUCAGUGGGAGACCUUUUGUUGAAUGGAGCAUACUUCACUGCAUCGGGACGUGCUGCUCCAGGCGGCUAUGCAAGAGCCUCAAGCUUAGCUGCUAAGUCCUCUUCCAUGGUCGGAAUGAUUACCUCAAAUGCUGGUGCACUUUCUUGACACUAAUGUUGAUAUCAAGCACAUCGACACAUCAAGUGAUCAAAAACCACACCAUCAGAUCAUCUUUACCUGUCCAUUGAAUUCAGCAAUAUAGCCAAUUUUCUCUGAUUAUCUUUCUUCUCUUAGUUUGUGUCCGUCCCUAAUCACCUCUUGAGCAGGGGCGGACAAAUAAUAUUAAGGAUGGGUUCAAUUUAACCCACCAUAUUCAGCUUAAAACCUUUAAUAUAUAUGUGAGAAAUCCUAAAAUGUUGUAUAAAUAUUAAAUUCUGAACUCAUAUUUCAAAGAGCGCACAUUCUUGAAUCUGCCUUACCUCUUGAACAUAAGGUUCUUGAAACACUA